GAUACUGGAAGGACUUCUUAAAUGGCCAGAGAAUAGGGAAUGUGCUGACUGCAAGUCUAAAGGUCCAAGAUGGGCUAGCGUGAAUUUAGGCAUCUUUAUAUGCAUGCAAUGUUCUAGGAUCCAUAGAAGCCUAGGGGUACACAUAUCAAAGGUACGGUCUGCUACCCUGGACACUCAGCUUCCGGAGCAGGUUGCCUCUAUUCAAGCAAUGGGAAAUGAAAAGAAAAAUAAUUAUUGGGAAGCAGUUCUACCCCCAAAUUACGAUGCAGUUGGAAUUGAGAACUUUAUUCGUGCAAAGGAUGAAGAUAAGAGAUGGAUUUCUUGGGGUGGAAAGCCAAAAUCACCGACUAUAGGGCAGGAAGACAAGGCUUCUAUGCUUUGGCAGAGACGUGGGAAAAGAAGUGGGAAGGGCCAUAUUCCUAGUUCUGAAAAUACAUUUGAGGAAAGGAAAAAUACAUGGCCACCUAAUUUUAGUCUUGCUACAAGGAUUACUGUUCCUAUUCCACCUAAAGGACCCGAGCAGGUUACUCCAAUUCCAAAGCCCCAUCAUGCAAAGAAAAUAGAACCAGAACUAGUAGUGCCCCAAGAUGAAGCAAAAAAACAGCGGGGGAAGGCCGCUUCGGCUGUCUCUCCACCAAAAGCACUCCUCUAUUUCUCCUUGAGUUUUUCAUUGUUAGAAGAAAGUGUUGCAAGCAGCGGUCCUCUUCUCUUUCAGUGGUUCCCAUGGAUGAAUUUUGAGUAUAGAAGAGUAUUUGGUUGUUUGGUUGAUGUGAGAGAGUUUUUUGAGAAAAUGACUAAAAGAUAUGUGGGGACUUGGAAGGCUAUGGUUUUAGUAUACGUGCAAGGGGUGGUGCCUAAGCUGUUUGAGGAAUGGCCACCUAAGGGUAUUUUUGAACCUUUGAUAGAGGAAGAAAAUACCCCGCUGUUUUUCUCUUUAUGA